UCAGGAAUCCCGGCGUGACGUCACCGCGGGGUGAUGUAAUGCCUCUGUAAAUAGACCAUGGUGUAAUCGUGCUUCAGUCCGGCGCGCGCGGGGUUAGCGCGAGGAGUGUGACUCGUGUCGGUCUGCCUUCAGGCUCUUCACGGCCACAGUGAUGAACUGUGAUCAGGAGGGGCCAUAUGUAUGCACUGCACCCGGAUGCACUCAGCGCUUCUACAGAGAAGAUCAUCUGAUCAUACACAGACACAAGCAUGAGAUGACCCUCAAAUUCUCCUCCAUCAAGUGUGACAACACACUGUCAGAUCAGACUCCGACUCCAACGCGUUUCCUGAGAAACUGUGAGGAGGUUGGACUCUUCAGUGACCUGGACCUCACUCAGGCAUCAGACGAAGAGGAAACGCCACAGAACUUUUCAGUCCAGGGUUCAUCAGGAGACACUUGCAGUGAGCAGCAUGACUCCCAGCAGCAGCAGCAGCAGCAGUGUGCCGUGGCUCACUUUCCCUCAACUCAUCUCCACACACACACCUCUCAGUGUUCAUCUCAUUGCUCUCUGGUACGACACAGCACCCACAGCACCACCAACACACAUCUCACUGAUUGUAGGAUAGAAGCCAGUUGUCUUCACCCCCAACAGCGUCUCCCUGCAGCAUGCGCCCUGCAGGCAGCGCCCCCUAUGCGGAUGAACACACAGUUACCAGUGGACCACAACAUGCCUGACCUUCUAGGACCUGCUCACUCCAGAUCCUGCUCCACACCCCAGAGGGCAAAGAUCAUGUCAUGCCAGAUUCAACCACUGGCUUCCAAAGGUAACCAGAACCCCAUGGGUCACAUGAUGGAGAUGAUGUCAACACAGCAGAUGAGGUUGGGGCUCCCAUUGACACAUCAGCCGUAUCAGCAGCAGAGACACACCCAUCAGCAUCAAAGUCAAGAGGAGUCCCCGCCCAGCUGUGCUCACCAUUCUCCCCCUGCACAUCUGCACUCGGCCCCGGCGCAACACCUGCUGCACCAGCCAAGCCCUGCACCCCAGAUGUCACCAGUUCCUAAAAACACCACAUGUGCAGAGUCUCCUUCCCAGACAAGUGGAGGGAAACGCAGACGGACAGCAGACGCAGAUCCAGACGACCGCAGGCGCAAGUUUUUGGAAAGGAACAGAGCGGCAGCGUCACGCUGCAGGCAGAAGAGGAAGAUCUGGGUGACGUCACUGGAAAAGAAGGCAGAGGAACUUACACACACAAACCUGCAGCUCCAGAACGAAGUCACUCUCCUGAAAUCAGAGGUGAUUCAACUAAAGCAGCUUCUGCUGGCUCAUACAGACUGUCCUGUAACUGUGAGACAACGUGAGACACGAGUUGGAAGUCCAACAGGAAGUCCUCAUCAAACUCACAACGUCCAACACAACAGCAUCUCAUCAUCCUGUACCACACACACGCUCACACGCACACACCUCACCACAAACUCACAUUCUGCAUCUUAAAGGCACACACUAGUCCAAACACUAUUAAGGGAGGUGGCAGUGUUGUGUAUCUGGAUCGAAGCAGCACUGUGGAGCUGUGGGUCAGGGUGGAAGCUGCAUCAUCUCUCACUGCGAUGGUGGAACACCGCGGCCUGGACGAGGGAUUUCCUCAGGGACGUUCACUUCAAUCCCUGUGUGUGUUCCUCUCGUCUUUUCUAGCACUUUGUGUUUUGUACUCCUCGUCAGGGGGUCUGUAUUAUAGUGUAAAUAUCAACAGAUAGUUUCGUAUGGCUUUGGAUUGCAGCUGCACUUUUUUUUCCAAUCCGCACACGUCUCGCACACGUUUCUGCUUCAUUAACCGUGUCCGUUAUCUCCUCCUGUAUAUCAGGAAUUACACACGCAGUAAACACACACCGUAUACACACACACACACACACACACACACACACACACACCAUAAGUGCACACACCAUAAGUACACACACCAGGCACACACCAUACAUACCAUACA